CGGGACCUCGUGCCUCGAGCUCCGUGGGCAGCAGCAGGCGGAGGGGGCGGCCCCUCGCGCCGCCGCGCCGUGGCGGGGAUGCCGGGGCGGCUGCGGCUGUCGGCGCUGGCGCUCGUCGGGCCGGGCCUCCGCGGGCGCGCGGCGGCCGAGCCGGGCGGGGCCUUCGCGGAGUUCCUGCGGUGGGCGGAGGGCCGCGGCGCCACGGCGGCGCCGGGCCUGGGCGUGGGCGUGGACCCCGCCACGGGGCUGAGGUUGGGCACGAACGGAAGGGGUGCGGAAAGAAGGAGUACCCAG